CCCAAUCCCUCUUUACUUUGCUUCCUUCGCUGGCGGACGGAGCUCAAGUCGUUCUUUAGCUUUUUCUAUUCAACUUGGGGAAUCCUCGUACCUGACAACCCAUUGUCUAAUUUCAUUCAAAUUUGGUGGAAAAAUAAUUAUUAGAAGUUGCACCUGUCGAGUCUACUUCAAAAUACAGAGGUCCGCAGAAAGGAUACUUUGAGAGGUUCGUUUAAAUGAGAUUGGAGAUGCUCCUGUCUUUGCUGCUGUGUGCCAUCUGUCCGCUCGUCCUACCGUCCUCCUCUACCCCCAGCCAAGCCUCAGAUGACUCCAGACUCCUACAGGUGACCAUCCCUACGACCCCUCCCUUAUCUGCCGUCUUGGGGGGCUCUCUUACCCUACCUUGCCUGGUGUCUCUGUCCCACCCGCCCCCCAACACAAAUGGCCGCCACGCCGUACUCUCCCUACCCAGGGUCAAGUGGAGCGUGCUGUCCCAGGGACACGAGACUGAGAUCCUGGUGGCCCGAGGGGACAGGGUGAAGGUCAGCGAGGACUACAAGGACCGAGCCUCCCUGCUCCAUUACGUCUCCUCCCCAGCCGACCUCACCCUGAGGCUGGAGGGCCUGCAGUACAACGAUUCUGGCUUCUACCGCUGUGAGGUGCAGCAGGGCCUGGAGGAUGCCGACGAUGUGGCUCAGGUCAAGGUCAAAGGGGUGGUGUUCCACUACCGGGAUGCUUCCAGUCGCUAUGCCUUUACCUUUGCGCAGGCCCGGGACGCCUGUGAAGAGAUCGGGGCUCACAUCGCCACCCCAGAGCAGCUCUUGGCAGCCUACCACAGUGGCUAUGAGCAGUGUGAUGCGGGCUGGCUCUCAGACCACUCAGUGAGAUAUCCCAUCCAGAUGCCACGAGAGGGAUGUUUUGGAGACAUGGACGGGCAUCCUGGAGUGAGGAACUAUGGGCUUCUGGAACCUGAUGAGCUGUACGAUGUAUACUGUUAUGUGGAGAAUAUAGAGGGGGAAGUGUUCCAUGGCUCUUCUCCCCGAAGUUUCACCCUGUGGGAAGCUAAGGCCUAUUGUCUGGCUCAGGGAGCGGAGCUGGCUACCACAGGUCAGCUGUAUGCAGCCUGGAAUGACGGACUGAACGCCUGCAGCCCGGGGUGGUUGGCUGAUGGGAGUGUACGCUACCCCAUUGUCACUCCCAGGGAGCGUUGUGGUGGAGGGGAGCCUGGGGUCAGGACUGUCUAUCGCCAUUUGAACCAGACAGGCUUUCCAGAGGCACACACUCGCCAUGACACUUACUGCUUCCGAGGCAACAGCAACACUCACACCGAAUCUCCCCAUGAUUACCUGGCUACAGAGCCAGAGGACAUCGACCAGGACAUUGGGACGCUGUCUGAGCCUCUGGAGGAAUUCAGCCUGGGUCAGGUGACAGAGCAGGUGGUGAGCAAAGAAGCUCAGGGCUCCCUGUCUGCCAUCCUUGUUCCAGAGGAGCAGCACGCAUCAGUGCAUAUAGAGAAGCAAGGGGGUGUCCCUGGAGAGCAGUACCCAGAGGAGAGGGCUGUCCCUGGAGAGCAGUACCCAGAGCAGAGGGCUGUCCCUAGAGAGCAGUACCCAGAGCAGGUGGCUGUCCCUGGGGAGCAGUACCCAGAGCAGAGGGCUGUCCCUAGAGAGCAGUACCCAGAGCAGAGGGCUGUCCCUGGGGAGCAGUACCCAGAGCAGGUGGCUGUCCCUGGGGAGCAGUACCCAGAGCAGAGGGCUGUCCCUAGAGAGCAGUACCCAGAGCAGGUGGCUGUCCCUGGGGAGCAGUACCCAGAGCAGGUGGCUGUCCCUGGGGAGCAGUACCCAGAGCAGGUGGCUGUCCCUGGGGAGCACGGAGAAGAACAGGGGUUUGUUCCUGGAGAACACGGAGCGGAGCAGGGGGCUGUUACUGAGGAGGCAUACACCAAGGAGGAUGGAGAGGAGCAAGGGGCUGUGCCUGGACAGCACGGAGAGGAACAGGGGGUUGUUCCUGGGGAGCAGUACCCAGACCAGCCUGGAGAGGAGCAGGGGGCCGUCGAUGGCCAGGGCCCUACUGUUGUCUAUCACGCCCUACCCUUUCCGGUUGAACCCCAAGACCCAUUCACCCCCACAUCCUUCCCCCAAGACCUGAAGCCCACAGAGGACACCUGGCAGCCGUUGAAAGAGGUCAGCAACCCAGAAACAUAUCAGCCUGCCCCUGAGGGGGCAAACGUAGACUUAAACUACCCAGUCACACCUUAUGAUGAGCUGAAUGCAAACCCAACUCUGUAUCCACCUUCUCGCGAGACAAAUUAUGACUCAGGUGAUCUUACAACUGCUCAUGAAGACAACAUUAGUAUCCCCGAUCCCUACCAGCCCUUGUCAGAGUCAAACGUGGAAUCAGGAGAGCUCUCAAUAGAGGGUGUUCCAGGGACUGCUCUGGAGGCCCCCGUGCCCACCACAGGGUAUGAGGAGGUGAACAGGUCCAGUGAUCCACAGCCCAUGCCUGGCACAACCCCUGAGAGUGGUGAGUCUCAGUAUGGUAUUUCAGAGGAAAGCCUUCUGCAAACAGGGAUCACCCAGGAGACCGAACACUACACUUUUACCUCUGAGACCGCAGGCUACAAUGUAUCAGGAGUUGAAGCCACUACUAGUCAUGACAGCUCUCCAGAGGAGCAACUGGAAAGUGGGCUGCCCACACCUCCUGAGGAGGACCACUCCGGAGAUGAGCAUGUCAUCCAGGAGCAUGUCACAGACACAGACUCGGUCUACCCAAGCACCUCUUACGACCUCUCAGGAGGGUCCAUCAGGCCUGAGGGAGCCAUCGCUGGGGGUGUUGAGGAGACAUCUGUAUCUUCCACUUCACCUCACGAGGAAACGGAGCUCUUCCCUGACCAGUCCACCACUCAGCCUCCAUACUGGGAGAACACACCUGAAUACCGGCGUACCAACUCUGUGGACCACAGUGCCAGUGUCCUUCUCCCUGAGGAGCAUACCACAUCACUGGACUCAUUGGUCAUCCAGACAGGGGAGAACAGUGGCUCUGCUACGGCUGAGUCAGGAGACCUGGCGACCCAAGGCCCAGUGGAGAUGGACCCCUAUGAACUGAUCCCGACCUCUGAAUAUGCUUUUGACCCCACUCAGGAGCAGUCUGGUGUCACGUCACCCGACUCCUCUACCCUAGAUGAGCAUGUGGAGCAGGAGGCAGGAGGCACAGUGGACUCAUUACCAGAGGUUUCCAUGGGCUCCACUGACCUGGGUUCAGUUCCAACUGACAAAGUCCUCACAGUUAGUUAUGACACUGGCUCUAGUGAAGCCUCUGGGGUCCACGAGGGAAUGCUGGACGUUACCCUCUUGACAUCCCCCAAACCUAUAACCUAUUCCCCCCCGACCCAGCGUUCCGUGGAAGCAGGGGCCAGAUCCCCAGGUGACUUCAUAACCGUCAUCCCAGAAACCAGCGUUCCAUCUGGGUUUGAUCCCCUGGAGGAAGGGCUGGAGAAGGUGGAGCAAGAGGGGUUGGGUGAAAUCCCAGACGUAGUUGAAACUACUACCCCAGAGACAGCUUCUGGUGAGGAGGGGAGUGGAGAUGAGCAGAAUGGUCAGGGGGUGAGUGGAGAAGAGGAGAGUGGUCAGGAGGUGAGUGGAGAUGAGGAGAGUGGUCAGGAGGCGAGUGGAGACGAGAAGAGUGAUCAGGAGGCGAGUGGAGAAGAGGAGAGUGGUCAGGAGGCGAGUGGAGACGAGGAGAGUGGUCAGGGGGCGAGUGGAGAUGAGGAGAGUGGUCAGGAGGCGAGUGGAGAUGAGGAGAGUGGUCAGGAGGCGAGUGGAGAAGACGAGAGUGGUCAGGAGGCGAGUGGAGACGAGGAGAGUGGUCAGGGGGCGAGUGGAGAAGAGGAGAGUGGUCAGGAGGCGAGUGGAGAUGAGGAGAGUGGUCAGGAGGCGAGUGGAGAUGAGGAGAGUGGUCAGGAGGCGAGUGGAGAAGAGGAGAGGGGUCAGGAGGCGAGUGGAGACGAGGAGAGUGGUCAGGAGGCGAGUGGAAACGAGGAGAGUGGUCAGGAGGUGAGUGGAGAAGAGGAGAGUGGUCAGGAGGCGAGUGGAGAAGAGGAGAGUGGUCAGGAGGUGAGUGGAGACGAGGAGAGUGGUCAGGAGGCGAGUGGAGACGAGGAGAGUGGUCAGGAGGCGAGUGGAGAAGAGAAGAGUGGUCAGGAGGCGAGUGGAGACGAGGAGAGUGGUCAGGAGGCGAGUGGAGACGAGGAGAGCGGUCAGGAGGUGAGUGGAGAUGAGGACAGUAACCAGGAGCUGAGUGGAAAUGAGGACAGUGACCAGGAGGUGAGUGGCCAAGAGGGAGUAGAGUCCGGCUCAGGAUCAGGCGAGGAGCACUCUGCAUCUGCUGAUUCUGGAGAAAGCUCACGGAUCCUUGAACCAGAAGUCCCAUACAUCAAUGAAACUGUCACUCCCAUCAAUGGCACAACUGUCAAUAGCACAGAUGAAAGCGAGCCUGAGUCGAGCACAGAUGCGCCUUCUACUAACAUGGAGAUCACGCUGCUCCCUGAUUUGUACCAGACCCCCGUGCCCUCCCCCACCAUACCCCAGGAGUCCCGGGCCGAUGCAGAUCUGGAGUACAGUGGGGAGACCUCAGUCACGGAGGACCCUGACUCCAUCACUCCACCCACUGAGGAGCCUGAAGAGACCCCCAGCCCGACGCCCACCACAGAGGACUACGAUGACCAGACUAUGACGGCAGCACCCCUAUAUCCAGAGGACGUUGAUGAGGAGAAACUGAUUACCACUUCUACUACUCCAAGAUUUGGGAACAUUUCAGAUGCCUGCCUAGAUAAUCCUUGUUCCAACGGGGGAACAUGUGUGGACAGUGGGUCUUCAACCAAGUGCCUUUGCUUGCCCACCUAUGGAGGAGACAUGUGCCAGACAGACCUGGAGGUGUGUGAGCCGGGUUGGGAAAAGUUCAUGGGCUUCUGUUACCAACAUUUCACCAAGCGUCAGGGCUGGGAGGUGGCAGAGCAGCACUGUCGUUUGUGUGGCGGUCACCUGAUCUCGGUCAUGACCCCUGAGGAACAGGACUACAUUAAUGAUAAGUACAGAGAGUACCAGUGGACGGGACUGAAUGACAGGACCAUAGAGGGAGACUUCCGCUGGUCUGACGGGAAUCCUCUGUUGUAUGAGAACUGGUACCGGGGCCAGCCGGACAGUUACUUCCUGUCUGGAGAGGACUGUGUGGUGAUGGUAUGGCAUGACGGGGGGCGCUGGAGCGAUGUGCCCUGUAACUACCACCUCUCCUACACCUGCAAGAAGGGCACCUCUUUCUGUGGCCAACCCCCCAUCAUUGCCAAUGCCAAGGUGUUUGGUAAGUCGCAUCUGCGCUACGAGACCAACUCCAAGGUGCGUUACUACUGUGAAGAAGGAUUCCUCCAGACACAGAACCCUGUCAUUAAGUGCCUAUCCAACGGCCAAUGGGAGGAGGCUUUGAUCACCUGUCACCCUGCCCUGACCAACUUGGCAGAGGGAGAGCAGAAGGUCACGACGCCACCCAAUCAGAACGAGGGGGUGGAGGUGGUGGACACAGCCACGGAGAAAGCCACUUCAGGGUUCUGGGACAUCAAGUGGAACUAAUAAGCUCAUCAAACUCAAUAUGCCCCUUCCCUCUUCCCCCUUCCCUGGAAUCCUAUGUUCCACUCAAAGACUGUCCAACCUUGUCCCUCCAACAAGGUGGAGCCUUGUAAAAUAAAUGUUCUCCCUGAGAACGAGUCAUCACAUUCCUGUCACCAGCGCUUUCCAGAAUAAACCCAUUUAGAACAUCAACAGACUUGAUGUUACUCGGACCUAGUGCCGAUCGAUCACACUUACAAUAAGAGUACAUCCCAACAUAAGGCCACGAUUAGAGGGAAUGGAUCAAAUUUGCACAGUACAGUUUGUCAUUGGAAUGAGCUUUAACGAAGAUGUCCCAUCCAUCAUUGGGCUUGUUUGUUGUAUAAUGAUAUGUGUUUGUUGACUAGUGAAAUUAUUUGACAUCCACCUGUGCUACGACACUGUUGGAUUACUGUAUUUGACUGCGAGUAACAUAUAUUAUGACAUGUUUAUGAGGGUGUACAGUAAGAUUUUGAUGGAGAGUUUUAGUAAAGUGCAACCUAAAUCUCAACCUCAGCUGGUCUGACAUUAACCGAAGCCACUUUCCCACCCUCUGCCACAAAGACAGAAUUAAGAUGUCCACUUCCGUAUGCUAUUGUAUAAGAAAAUCUCCUUGUCAAUCCAUAUCUUCUCAAUUCCUACAACACCAUGCAUUUUCUCAACAUGUCCUCUUAUCUGGUACUUUGUUUUAUCAGGUGUCUUACGAACUUUGGACCCAAUAUUAGAAGCCAAUUUCCACUUUUAAAGUACUUGGUUUGAAAAUAGCCAGAAUCCAAAGUUGUUUUUUUAUACUCUCGUAAAAACGUAAUCACUAAGAUACUAGGAAGAACAUGUGAAAAUGUCCACAAUGGUAUUUCCGUUUUCAUGCACCAGUGAUGUCAUUGUCUUAGUUCCAAUGGAAGUAAUACUGUACGUUGGUAGUGUUUAACAGUAAUCAAAUAAUGCUAAUUGUAAAUCCCAUUUGUGACUGCACAAUUGCAUAUUGAACUUGUUAUGAAAGAAAAAAUGUAAUUGUACAACUAAUUAAAAAGGAGAUGGAUUAAAUGAAAAUAAGAAAAAUAUAGUUUUUGGAGAGUAGAAAAUAAAUAUCUAAUAAAAUGAAUUGAUUACAAUGUA